AUUCGCAGAUACUAUAAUCCGUGGCUUAAUACUAGCGCAUGCCCGUGCCAGUACACCGCAGUUAGUGGGACGUAUUCGAAGCAGCUUGCGUUUUAUUUAUUGGAAUAAUUUUAAUUUGGAAAUAUUUGCAAUGGCACCUGAAUCAACUUUAUUUUUUGUAUUGGUCUUAUUUUGCGCCGCUGCAGGUUUCGCCGACAGUUUAAGUUGUUUCGAAUGCUCGAACCUUGAGGAUAAAAGAUGUGGCACGACGUUUGACUUUGCGGCCGGGUCAAAGGAGGCCAAAGACAAGUAUCUGAAGAAAUGUGAAGGAGAAUUGACCUUCUGCAGAAAGCUCACAUACGAGGAUGACUUCCAAGGCAAAGACACAAAUGGGAUAGUGGUGACGCGAUCCUGCUGGACAUCCCCUGGUAAAGAAGGAUUCGAGCCGGAAAACGAAUGUACAGAAAUGUUCAAAGGAGUGUCUUGCUACUGCAAAGGCGAUUCGUGCAAUGGGAGUGAACACAUCCGAGCAACUACAGCGAUAUUGUUAAUUGGAUUACUUCCCCUGCUCUGUAAAGUAUUUGGAUUUUAGUGAACCACGAAGUUUCAGCAAUCUCAGUUAUGCCAAUAUAGAAGUAUCGUAAACAGGACUGCUAAGCAUUACAGAAAAUUCCAGUUUAUAUGCUUCUAGUUAUGUUCAGAUGUUAUGGAAGGCCGAUGCGCAAUGCAAAAUGACAAAUAUGUAAAUGUUAAAUGACAUUUACCUAAUGCUUAAUUCAAAAUACUUAAUGUUAAAUGCUACAAUGCCAUACACCAAAAUGCCAUAUGGUAAAUGUCAGAUGGAAUAAAUGAUAAACGCUAAUCGUUAAAUUCUUUUACUUUACUAUGAUGAGUUAAUGGCGCAUAUGGCGUUUAUUGUUACGAAUUUAGCAAUUAACAAUAAGCAUUUAUCAUUUGACAAUAACACUUGACAGUCUAUUUUGACAUUAAGCAUUUGGUAAAUAGCAUUUCGCGUUAACUGCUGGUCAUUUAGCAUUUGGCAAUUCGUUAGGUCGACCAGCCUUCCAUAAAAUCAUUAUUUCAAAUGUAGUUUAUUAAAUGGAAUAGAAGUUUUCAUAAACAAUAUGAGUGCGGAUUUGAUUAUUGUGUGUGUUGAUAGAUGUCGAUGAUGAACUCUAUUUUAUGUAAUUGUAGUUAAACCUGCACUAGUAUAAAUACCAUGCUCAGGAGUGUCAAAAAUGGUCUUUAUUUGUAGAUACAUGUUGAAUAAUUAUUGAAGUGUUAGAAUACACUGUAAAUGUUUUAUUCAGAACUGAAACAAGUUGUCUUUGAAACUGGGUAGUCUCUUUUCACAGUCUUUACUUGACUGUAUUGUCAACACUGGUAUUUAAUUAUAUAUGUUGUCAAACCAAUACAAUUCCUUCAGAUGAAAUUGUGUGUAAUAGCAGCGCUAUUUGUUAAACGAUCAUUUGUUUUCAAUAUCCAGUGGCAGCAACAUGUAAAUUCGAGUAAAAUUAAUCGGUCAAUACGAAACUAAAAAUAAUGCCUCUGCAAAACAAAUUAUGAAUGCAGUCACUCUUAACUUAAACAAGUCCGGCACAUAAUACAUUAUGUAGCACCAGUAUGGAUUGUCUUGUUUUUUUAAUUUUCUGUGUACAUUUAUCCGGGAUUUGCAAUAAACCGGAUGCACCAUUUUUGGCAGAUAAUUGUAUAUAAAUCGAAACAUAAAGGAACACUUGUAUAUUUUAUCCAAUCUGUAUAUUUAUUGUUCGUGUUUUUUGUUCAGUACAAGGGAGACUAUCCAAUCAGAGACAAACAAGGGAAAGAAUAAUUGUGUAUAUACAUGAUGCCAAAUUACAUACUCAUGCAUGCAUACAUAGAAUUAGUUAUUUCGUAUAUAUAGUACUCAAUAUAUUGUUGUUAUACACAUGCAUUUGCAAGUAAUUGUUGUAAAAGCACGCGAGAAGCCGCCAAAAUCGGUUCAAAGAGUAUCUAAAGGCAGUCUUUUCUUAAGUUCUCUGAAUAUUAAUCUAAAUAAGAUCACUGUUGCCUUGAAAUUAUAUACGCUUGUAAUUCCAAAACAAGAUUUGAAGAAAAUACGUUGAUAAGAAAUUUUCCUUCUUUAGUUCUUAGUUAGAGGUUUUCCUGGGUAGCUUAAUUGUUAGCUAAACAUGCACAUAUCCGCUUUUUGGGUGUUGCUGUAACGGCUUCUGUGUAGAACAGAGCACGUGCCACGGCGUUUAUAGUUUAGUUUAUAUAUCACUAUGCAAAGUGUGGUACUACGAGCAGAAUUACAUGUAUCCGAAUAAAAUAUUUUGAGUUUUGUA